AUGAAGCUAGUAGAGCACACCAUCCCCCUCCUCCUUCUGCUCGUCCUCUUCUACUGCGCCCUGUUCGCCCGGGCCAACCAACAUAUUGCUCCGCUGAACGUGGCCCACAAUGCCUCGCAUCACAUCGACGGCGAGUACCUGGCCCUCCUUCAGUCUGACAUUCCUCUGCCCCACUUCGAAAUGCACGUGGCCGCCUUGCGGUCGGCCCUCGUCGCUGAUGGCAGCGAAUUGAAGCGCAGUUAUGCCAUCGGCGACAGCUUCCGCGCGCUCCACCUCAAGCUAUCGCCCGCCUCGCUCCAAAAAGUGCGGGAGCACCCCUUGGUGGUCCUGGUCGAGGAGAAUCAGGUGGUCCACUCCCUCCAAUCGCCCGAGGAGUGCAAAGAACAAGAAGACGUCGUCUGGAACUUGGCCCGCAUCGACACGCACGACAUCAACCAAGUGGACGACGACUACAACUACAGAUACACGGGACAGGGAGUGGACGCUGGUGUGCUGAUCACUCACGUGGAAUUCCAAGGCCGCGCUGAGUGGGGCGCCAACUUCGUGGGCGAUGGCAUCGACACCGACUGCUUCGGUCAUGGCACACACGUGGCCGGCAUUCUCGGGGGCCGUGUCUACGGCGUCGCCAAGCAUGUCCACAUCAUCGCUGUCAAGGUGCUCGGGUGCGGUGGAACGGGCAGCUGGGAUGGCGUGAUCUCGGGCAUCGACUGGAGUGUGAACCGAGCCCUGCAGAAGUGCCGUCCCUCCGUCGUCAACAUGUCUCUCGGCGGCAACCGCUUGGCCACCGUCAACGCCGCCGUUGCUGCUGGUGUUGAGGCUGGAGUGACGUUCGUGGUGGCCGCCGGCAACGAGAACGCCGACGCCUGCACGGUGAGUCCGGCGAGCGAGCGCAAGGCGAUCACCGUGGCCGCCUCCACGAUCGCCGCCACCGAGGCCGGCAGCCCCAAGGACCGUCGCGCCAGCUUCAGCAACUUUGGCAAGUGCGUGGACAUCUUCGCGCCGGGCGAGCUGAUCAAGUCGGCCUGGAUCGACGUGCCGGGCCUGCCGCCCAACGUGGUCUACAACACCGUCUCCGGCACCUCGAUGGCGAGCCCACACGUGGCCGGCGCCGCUGCGAUCCUAUUGGACGAGUUCCCUCGCUACUCGCCGGCCCAGGUGGAGAAGGCGCUCAACCGGGAGGCGACCAAGGGCGUGAUUGACCUGGCCUGCCCACCGGAUACAGACACGGCCUGUCCAUGUACGCCCAACAAGCUGCUCUACACCAACUGCUGA